GCAUCCUAGUAAAGUACUCAUGCCCCGCAUUAUAACACGUGACACGAGAUACAGGGUCCAGCGAUAUAUCUUGUCUGGCUCAAACUCUCACACAUGGUGACACACUGACAGAGAAGACUUCAGAUAAAGUUAAAAGUACUAUAUAUAGCAUUUGAGCCGAUGUUAAGCCCAUAUACGGUAAGCCCAAUAUGUUUAUUAUUUCUCUUAAAAAGAAAAGAAAAAAAAACAAAUUUUCGAGGACCAAUCGAGUAAAGCGAAGAUGAGCCGCAAGAGAGAAAACCCCUACACAUACCGCCACACACCGGCGCGAAUCUCGAAACGCCGGCGACCUUGGGCACCUCCUCCGUCGUUAGAAACCAAUGAGAUCAUCGACAAGCCGACCGCAAAACCUCCGCCGCCACCGGCUCUGGUCGUCUCCGGACUUCCCGCCAACUGCUCAGUCUUGGAGCUGAAAUCUCGAUUCGAGAUCUACGGAUCAAUCUCCAGGAUCCGAAUCGACAAAGACGGAGUCGGAUCCGUCUCGUAUCGCACCGCCGAGUCAGCGGAAGCCGCCAUCGCCGGUAGUCACGAGCCUUCGUUCGGUAUCUCCAUCGAUUCCAAAAAGUUGGAGGUGGCUUGGGCGACGGAUCCGUUGGUGGGGGAAGAAAAGGAGAAGACGUCGCCGUGGUUGUCGUCGAAGCUUGUGCGAGCUGAGAUGUCGUUAAGAAAACAUGGGAGAAGGAAUAGGCUAGCGUCGACUAUUGUCAACCCGAGAAGUCAAUCUCCGGCAACGAGAAGGGAGGUUAAAGACAGAGAUAUUGUAGCCUACGACGAUAUUCUUUAACACUUACUAGAAAAGAUAGUAACUUUUUUUUCUUCUCUGUGAAAGAACUCUGAUUCUUUUCCAUUUUAUUUUUGCAAAGAUGUGUAUGUUAUAUAUGUACGAAUUUAGCGAAGUCUUUUUUUUUUUCCUUUUUGAGCUUUCACAGUAAACCUUGGUUCUUUCUCUAUCUAGAAACUCUACAAAAGUCAAAAAGUUUUGUACCAUUUAAGAAUGUAAUCUAUCAAAUGAUCCGAACUC